AUGUUGUCUGUAAUAAGAGCACGUUUAAUUUAUAUUGUAUUUUCUAUAUUAAUACUGUCCCAUUUGGUGAAGAGUACACAUGUUUAUAUGAAUUCUGGUGAAACUAGAUGUUUUUAUAAACGUUUAACGACUGGUGAACUAUUGAUAGGUGAUAUUGAUACAAGUGUAGACAAAGAUGGCCAUUUUGUAGAAGAUUCUCAAGUACAAGUACAUAUCACUAUAGAUGAAACUUUUGACAAUGAUGAACGUGUUUUGAAUCAAAAGAAUUCUUACAGUGGAGAUUUCAUGUUUGCUGCAUUAGAAGAAGGUGAGCAUAGAAUAUGUAUUGAACCUGAAUAUACAAUAAAUACUAAAGCAAGAAUUAGAGUAUUAAUUAAUUUUGAGAUAAAGAAUAAAAAUAUUUUGGAUUCUAAGCAAAGAGAUGCUGCAGAAUCAUUGAAAAAUAGAAUACAACAGUUGAGUCAAAGGUUGCACACAGUACGUAGUCAACAAAAUACAAUCAGGGAGAAUGAAGCCACAUUCAGAGACGAAAGCGAAGCUGCAAAUAGUAAAAUUGCUAGUUGGUCUAUAAUCCAAAUACUCGUUUUAAUUGUUGUUUGUUGGUUUCAAUUACGUUAUUUAAAGAAUUUUUUUGUUAAACAAAAAAUUUUAUAG